UAGCAGAAGAGACGACAACGCGAACGUGAAGCAAAACACAGGGAACAGAACAGGAGUUCAGAGCUCUCGACGCGAUUCGGUAUAGGUGAUGCUGUAAUUAACCUAAGUGAUUUGCACGUUGCAACGAACAACAUCGAGCGAUGGGCGAUAAAUCGGAGGGUUUGAAAACGAACGAGCAGAUCAUAGAAGAGCUGACGAAGGACCUCGAGAAUUCUUGCAUCCGAGCGGGCGAGAACGACUCGCCCGAUUCCACGAGUGCGAGAACUGGCGAUGACAGUUCUUGUAACCGUGCAGAAAAGAACAGUGACGAUGGUAACGAGUGCGAAACGGACAGCGUAUGCGGGAGGAGUAGAAAAGAUUCCGUGGACGAGGAAUCGCUGAAGGACAGAGAUUUAACCCUAUCCGAGAACGAGAAAGAAAGCCUCAAGAACGAAGCAGAGGAGUGUAAAACAAAGGGAAAUGAAUUUUUCAAUAAAGGAGAAUACCAGGAGGCGAUAUCUAUGUACACACAGGGCUUGCAGACUUGUCCCCUGGCAUACAGUAAAGAACGAUCCAUACUGUAUGCAAACAGAGCAGCGGCAAAGUCCAAGUCUCUGGAUCAGGAAUCUGCGAUAUCCGACUGUACAAAGGCCAUCGAAUUAAAUCCAGAUUACGUGAAAGCUUACGUGAGGAGAGCACAAUUGUACGAAGCAUCCGAUAAAUUAGACGAGGCUUUGGAAGACUACAAAAAAAUCCUGACGUUCGAUGCUGCUCAUUCAGAGGCCAAUCACGCGGUUCUGAGAUUACCACCGAUGAUCAACGAGAGGAACGAGAAACUGAAAACGGAAAUGCUCGGAAAACUGAAGGACCUGGGAAACAUGAUCCUGAAACCGUUCGGGCUGUCCACGAAUAAUUUCGAACUGCAGAAAAAUCCGGACAGCGACGGCUACUCCGUAAAAUUUAAUCAGAAUCCUAAUUAAGUCAACGUUGAUCGGUGUACAUUAAGGAAGAAUCGUGAAAACAUGUCGCGUUGUAUUUAUAAGUACUUUACCUACGUUCUAUUCGAAUGCUGUGUGCUUCUUUUAAUAAAAUAAAGAUAUAUAUGUAAACGUUGAAAA